AAAGUUGUUGAAGUGUGAUGCAGACGUUCCUAGUAGCGGUAGUCUGCCUGUUGCUGUCAUGGGCGAGCUCAACGGUGGCGAUCACGCGGAACGAGCGUGGCGCGUUAAAGCUGCUGUACUGGGCUACACAGGGCCAACGUUGGGUUGGGCAAUGGGACAUCCAGAACGACCACAGCGACCCGUGCCUCGACAACUGGUACGGCAUCGUGUGUGAUCGGAACGGCCGGAUUCGGGCCAUCCGCCUAGCGAAUAAUAAUCUCGUGGGCGUCCUGCCGCAGCAAUUCCCUCGCAAGGACCUUAGUGGCCUGCAAGAACUAGACCUAAGUUCCAACUUCUUGACUGGUUACGUGCCCGACACGCUAUCUCAACUCGGUGCAUUGCGAACGCUGCGCCUCGAUCGUAACCACUUCGUGGGAGCAGUUCCAGCAUCGUUAGCACAACUGACCAGGCUGGAAUUCCUUGAACUGCAAGAAAAUAAGUUCGACCCACUCAACUCGAACGGAGGUGUACUGCCUGAAGAAGUUCAAAAGCUCACAGAACGACAGCACUGUCACAUUAUUUCAUGA